GCUGCCAGCCGGGCCAUGCCGUGUCGGACGCCGCUCCUCUCCUUCCUCCUUCUCCUCUUCCUCCUCCUCGGCUCGGGCCGGGCCUCGGGCGCAGAAUCUUCCCCCCAUUUACCGGCACCAAAGGAUGUGAUGAUUUAUUCCUAUAACUUUUGUAGUUUCCUGAGGUGGUCUCCUGUUAAAGUGGAUAGAGGCCUGGUGUUAUAUACAGUCCAUUUUAAAACAGGGGCCUUUAACCAGUGGGAUGAGAUGAACUGCACCCAUAUCACCCAGACUGAAUGCAGUUUCCCCUGGUCACUUAAGGAGCGGCGCUGGACCAUUGUUCUGCGUGUGAGGGCUGAGCUAGGGCAAGUGACUUCUGACUGGGUGGAAACAGAUCCAUUUGUGGCAGAGCGAAACACUACUAUAGGGCCCCCUGAAGUGAACAGUGUGAUUGUAAGCUCUGACUCACUUCUCAUUAGUGUCACACCCCCUUUUGCAUCUGAAGCAGGUGACUUUCUUCAGUAUCAUGUGUCCUACUGGGAGAACGCAACAAGUACUACUAAAAAAGAGACAAAGACGAGCAAUACACUAUUCAAAAUCAGAAAUCUAAAGGAAUUGACACUUUAUUGUUUUAGAAUUCAAGCAGAAUUGAUGACACAUUCAGAUCGCCAGUUACUUGGACUGCAAAGUGUCCCAGAGUGUCACAGAACUGCAAUCAGUGAGGCAACCAGAGCAGGAUAUAUUAUACUAAUAUUUGUGUUGGUGUUACUGGUUGUAAAUUUGGUAACAGUUGGUUUGUUUCUUCUGUGGAGACAUCGCAAAACAAUUAAAUACUGGUCUUGGCCACCUUUAAAAAUCCCAUCACACUUUGAAGAGUAUUUGACGGACCCUAGCAUGCCUGUUUUAGAGGUGUUGGACAAUUAUGCUGAGGACAAUUUCCAUGAUUCUGUAUCAUCUGUUGUGGUUUGUGGAGAAGGAAGCCAAGCCUGUGGCAGCAGUUUGGAUGGUCAAGCUCAUUCCCACAGCAUCUCUAGGGACAGUGAGGUAACUUAAGCAGUACUGCAGUGAGAAUACCUGUACUGAGUCUUUGCAAAGGCUCCUGCCCCUGAGCAGCACCGUGUGGCUACUGGAAGGACAGACAACCAGCUCUGGACAAAAUGGCCACUGACAAAUUCUGAGCGUGAGGCUGCUUCCUGAGACUAACGUGCACCCUGAGCCUUUGUUUAAAUGGCUUCUGCUGUGCUACACCAGCACCUGUGUUCUGCCAAAGAGACUUGAAAGGUGGGAUGUGAAAGGGAAAUGAACACUAAAUUGCCUAAAACCAGACAGAUGGUUAUAAAACAGUUAUAUUGA